AUGGCGGACAGCUUCAGAAACGCGAUGAUCAACCGGUCUCUCCGCGACAUCAAGAACAACCUCGAAUUUCUCGUCGAGUCCAACGUCCUCACCCCAGCGCAACACGACACCAUCGCAUCGCAACUCCCCGUCUCAGCGGAAAACAGCGCGCGCGCCCUCCCCGCCGUGCCCUCAGCGCAGCUCUCUGCGAUGAACAUCCAGAGCGAGCCCACGCCUCCCCCCGAGAAGAAGAACCCAGCAAACAUCGGCUACUACGCCGACACGCCCACCAACGCACCACCCCCAGCCUACCCCUCCGUCCCCGCCACACCCGCCGGCCCCCCCGUCCUCGCCCACGCCUCAGCAAUGUACCAGUACAACGCGCAAGACGCGGGUGACCUCGCGCUUAUGCCCAACGACAAGGUCGUUGUGACGGAGUACAUGAACAACGAGUGGUGGAAGGGACGCAACGAGCGCACGGGUAUGGAGGGUAUCUUCCCUGCUAGCUACGUCCGCAAAGAGGAGAAGAGCGUUGUUCCUGCUUACAGUGGGGCGCCCGCACCGAGUAACUACGGUAACAUGCCGUUGGAUAUUGCGAGUGGUGCGCAGCAGGGAGGACAGGUGCAGCCGGCUGGUGAGCCGAGUAAGAUGGAGCAGAAUGGCAAGAAGUUUGGUAAGAAGUUGGGGAAUGCGGCGAUUUUUGGUGCGGGUGCUACGAUUGGUGGAAAUAUUGUCAAUUCUAUCUUUUAG